AUGGAAAAGAGCAUGGACUUGGAACGAGGAUUUUACCGGAAGGUUGAUGUACAGGACUACGCUCACUAUAUCAUUGCCUUCUUUGUAUUGGUGAUUGGAGCACUGGGAGUUACUGGGAAUGCCCUGGUCAUGUACGCCUUCUUCUGCAACAAGAAGCUCCGGACUCUUCCCAACUAUUUCAUCCUGAACUUAGCAGUCAGUGACUUCCUCAUGGCUGUCACACAAUCACCAAUCUUCUUUGUCAAUUCUCUUUACAAAGAGUGGGUUUUUGGUGAAACAGGCUGUAAGAUGUAUGCCUUCUGUGGAGCUCUAUUUGGAAUCACUUCCAUGAUCAAUCUGCUGGCUAUCUCUGUAGAUCGUUACAUUGUCAUCACCAAGCCUUUGCAGGCCAUCCAGUGGACCUCCAAGAGACGCACUUCUCUUAUCAUCGUCAUAGUCUGGUUGUACUCAUUAGCUUGGAGCUUAGCACCACUUUUGGGUUGGAGUUCCUAUAUUCCAGAGGGUUUGAUGACAUCAUGUACAUGGGACUAUGUGACAUCCACUCCAGCCAAUAAGAGCUAUACCUUGAUGCUGUGCUGCUUUGUAUUCUUCAUCCCACUGGGAAUUAUCUCCUAUUGCUAUCUGUGCAUGUUCCUGGCUAUUCGACGUGCUAGCAGAGAUGUGGAGAUGUUGGGGUGUCAGGUGCGAAAGUCAACCCUGAUGCAGCAGCAGUCCAUCAAAACAGAGUGGAAGCUGGCCAAGAUUGCCUUUGUGGUCAUCAUUGUGUUCGUACUUUCCUGGUCGCCUUACGCAUGUGUCACUCUGAUUGCCUGGGCAGGAUAUGGAAGCAUUCUCAAUCCCAAUUCGAAAGCUGUCCCUGCUGUCAUAGCUAAAGCGUCCGCCAUAUACAACCCUUUCAUUUAUGCCAUCAUUCACUCCAAAUAUAGGGAUACCCUCAUAGAGAAUGUGGCCUGUCUACACUGCUUAGCACAGGCCACCAGGAAGGGGGGCAUAUCAGUGUCGAAUAGCGAGUCCUCCUUCAGGGAUUCAAUGCUGAGUAGACAGUCAUCAGGCUCCAACACCAGGUUUCAUAGGGUUUCCUCCAUGUCUACAGGAGACACAGUUUGGACUGAUGUGGAGCUAGAUCCCACAGAACAUCAGGGCCAACUUCUGAGAUCCAGCCUUACUUUGGGGGCUCUGAAGGAGAGGGACUACAGACCUUCAGCUCGACAGGCUAGGGCAAAGAAAAACCAAAGCCAGGAAAAGGUAAGGUAA